AUGGGACAGUGGGUUAGACUGAGUUGCGUUCUCUUGGUGUUCCUGGUUUCUGGCCCAGAGUUGGCUGUUUCCAGGAAGCAUGUCCUAGCCAGGAAUCGGAGACAGUAUGACUCCUGGUGGGGGAGGACACCAUCUGGUUGGGGGUCCUCCAGGUUGAAUUUUGGGGUGGUGGGUCAGUCUAGACAGCUGCAGACUCCUGUCCAGAGUCCUAUUAGCGUGCACUGUAUGGAGGAUGCAAUGGUGGUAUCUGUAAAGCGGGAUCUCUAUGGAAACGGGCGGCUGGUGAAAGCCUCAGAUCUGAGUCUGGGUCCCAGGCAGUGUAUGCCAAGCUCCCAGAGUACAGCAACUACUGUGAUCUUCCAGCAGGGGCUGCAGGACUGCGGCAAUACCUUACAGGUGAGGAAACUUCUAUCUAGGUAUAAAUUAACUCUGUAUUCUGUCGUAUGCCUUGAAAGUGUGAAUUGACUUCUUAAUGUUGGAGAUAUAGGUAAUUGUGUGUAUCAGACUAAGGUGUGCUGCUGUAACAAGGUGCAUUGUAGUGGAUAUGGUGCUCCUGGCUUCCCAUUUUUGAGUCACAUUCUACUAUUACCAAUGGAAAGCUGGAAGUUCUUCAGUCAGAAUGGCUUAUCGGAGAUUGUAUCUCUGCUGGAACUAACAAAGGCAGGGUAAACACCCAAUUUAAAGAUUCUAAAUUGGCAGGCCUGCUUACAAUGGGUAAGUGGGGCACUCCUGGCACCAUCACUACUGGCUAUGGUGUCUGGAGUGUUGCUUUAAAAUCCUUGAGACUCUGCAAAUGUAUCCUAUGGUCAUGUCCAAAGGGGCACAUAGUGGCUGAUCAGGAUACUCCAUGCAAAACCAAUCUGGCCUGAACUUCAAACUUGGAGGCUCACCCAGAAGUGACCAAUAAGACUAUACUCAGUCUAAGCAUUUCCUUUGGCACAUCUCUCAAUACAAGUUACAUUUAAACUGUGGUGUGCAUAACCAUGUGGUGUGUUUAAUUUCCCCCCCCUUUUUUUUUUUUUUUUUUUUUCAUGACAUCAUGGAGCAUAAUAGUAAAGGUUGCACAAACUAUAGGUGGCCAUUGAGUGUUGUGUAGUCCAGAUCUAUUGCAGUUCACUCCUUAAGGAUUAAAGGGAUCUAGUGUAUAUAUCAUACCCAUGUAGUCUCUCUGCUCAGUUCUUGGCUAUUUUAGCAUUAACUCACUCUUGUUGAUGUAUCCCUACUUACACCCCCACAAACUGACUGUUUCCAUCAGACUGCAAGCAUCCUGUUUUUUGGCUUUACAGUCCCAAUAUUUGGGUAUGGUUCCCUGGUGUCCUGCUCUUGGGAACACCAGGGAUCUGUCACCAGCAAUCAUAGCUUGAGUACAUCACUAGUAGCUCACAUGUAGUUCAUGGCAAUAGCUCCCAGCAGGUUCUGGUUUUGGUGGAUGUGAAGUCAUGCCAGCUGACCCACCUAUUAAUCCCCCUUUACCACCUCCCACUGGUGGUCUGGUUCUUUAGACAUCAGAGUUGGGAUGUAUGUACUGUGUAAAGUUUAGGUUGUGCAUGUUGAUGACCAGCCUGUACAAUCUGCAUGCUUCCCCAGAAUGCCUGCUAAUGAAAACUGGGUUUAUACAACUCCACCAUCACUAAUCAAAUGAAGGCACUCUUCUAAAGAUUUGACACUUAAUCUCUGGCCUAUGUAUGGGAUUACAAAACAGUUAUGUUCUGUGUACUGCUCCUUACCUACAACUUGCAGCCAUGACAAAUGUAGUGACCAAUAUAGUGUCCUCUGCAGAUUAUUAAUGAGACUGUCAGACAUCUUCAGUCUGUGGGGUGUCUUGGGUUUUAACAAAUCUGAUGUUUGUAUCUGCAGAUGACUUCAGACUGGCUGAUCUAUAGCACGAACUUGACCUACAGCCCAACACCUUCCAGGAACAGUCCCAUCAUCCGUACCAACUCUGCUGUGAUUCCCAUCCAGUGCUACUACCUCAGGUGACCACCACUCUUAUGUCUCAAUCUAGUUUUCAGGUGAUAAUGGCUGUAGUGGUAUCAGUCUGACAGUUACUAGAGGUGUUACUCUGGUAAACACUGCUUUCUCAUCGCUACAAAGAAAUCCACUUUACCAGCAAAGGGACAAUCUAUAAACCAGUUAAAGGGACACUAGAAGCACCCACACCCUCAUUAAAGUGGUCUGGGUGCAGUGACCAUGCCAUCCUUAGUAAUGUAGCAAUGCAAAACACUGCCUUUUUGAGAAACUCCAAUGUUCACUUUGCAGUAAGACAGUCUCUAGCGACUUACUAAAGGGAGUCCCUUAAAUGACACUGGAUGCCCUCACAAUCUGCAUUAUGGUAUCCGUAAAAAAACUACAAGAAAAGUGACUCAAUGUUUUUCUAUGGGGAGGGCCUAGUGUGCUUGUGGCGCUCAACACAUGCAUAUUCGAUUCCCCCUAUUGGAUAUAUAGCGUGUUGGAAGCAGGUGAGUAAACUAAACUUGUAUUCCUCACACUAGAACCCCUUAAUGUCUGUUUGGUACUUUAAGUUGCAAUAGCAAUUCUAGUAACUACAAUAAAGGGUACAGCUUAAAGUCACAUACUUAUUACCAAAAAGUAUUGUGCAAAAACACUACUUAGUGAAUAGCUUAGUCUAGUUACAAAGUUGACUUUCUAAUUUCCAUUGAUGUGACACUACAAUAUGUAAUCUCUCUCCCUACAAAUCAACAGUAAGUAAUGCAGUGCUUGUAUAUACAAAGCAUGGUGCCAUGCAGUGCUUAGAAUCUCAUAUGCUUAUUUGUGAUAAGCACUGUAUGGCUGUUUUGUGUAUGUAUGUAUGUAUGUAUGUAUCUAUGUAUGUAUCUAUCUAUCAGAUAAGAUCAGAUCUAAUCAGAUAAGUGGAGCUGCUGAAUACACUGCUAGCAGUCUGCAAUACAAUGAAUCCAGCGCUGGUUGCUAUAGUGAUAUCAUGUUAGUGCAGAGUUGAUCUUCAGCCUUUAGUGUGCACUCUACCCCGUUGAAACACAUAUAUAACCAAAAGGUCAGCCCCUGUGGACUUGAACUACGAACAUCAUUCCUCUUGCUCUUUCAGUCCACCCAACUGUCCUGCUUUUGGCAAGGCAGUCCCAAAUUACAGAAAAUGUCCUACAUCUGGGGCUACCAAUGACUGUCCUCAAGCAUGCUGUACAGUGGGAACUAAAACCUCCUGAGCACUGCAUGCAUGGUCCUGUGUGAAGGGGAGGCUGACAUCCCCAUCAGUAGUGGUCACAUCCAGUGACCAGCUGAAGGAUGACUCGUAUCUCGUAUAUUGAGAUGUUCAUGUCUCCCCUGAAGGCGGCAAGCUAUAAUAAAAACUGCAGAAUUAAAUGUCAACAUGAUUCUGGAACACAAACCUCUCUGGACCGAAUUCUCAUAGCAUGGGGUAUUGUAAGGUGAUCUAGUGUUUUCAGAAAACCAACCAAAACAACCCAUUCCUAUUUCUCCUGAUACUGGUUCUAACAUAUAAAAAUCUGCUGCAGUAAAGGGCAGCAUCCUUGGUACAGUCUAGGACAAUUAUACACUGACUUCAGCCAUCCAAGUGUUUGUAUCACUCCUGCAACCAGCACUAGGACCACACUUCAUUAAUGCUCUGCAUGGCUGGUCCUGAGUGAGAUGUGCCAUCAGGCUGUAGUGGUUAUGGUGCCAGACUUAUUGUGGCACAUCCCAUAAGUCAUAAAACCGCUUCUGGUAGAGAAAAUGGGUCCUUCUACAGAAUUGGGGAGAGCAGCACAGUCCUCGGUUGAUGUGCUGUCACUGUAAUAAUCACUGUGGAAUGAUGCUUGGCAUAUAUCCUAGUUUCUAAUAAAUAAAUGUGACUACAUUCACUUGUGCAUAGCCACCAGGUUGCUAAAACCAGACCAUGGGCCAAGGAUCUCUUAGAAGUCAAUACAACUUUACCCACAAUCCAUCAGUCCCACAGUAGGCAAGCAGCACAUAAAAUGGCUGCGCCUAGUUAUUGCUAUUUGGUGUGGUUUUUUUUUUUUUUUUUUUGAUUUAAAGUCAAGCUCUGUAUUCUCUAAGAUACAGGGUGCAUAAGGAAAGUCACACAGAUCUUAAACAUGUGACUGGUUGUAUAAUCUGCCCUACACUCCAUAACUUUCUGCUGGUUAGUAGAUAAUGUAUGAGGUGAGCUGCUGCACUUGUAACACUGCUACAUGGUCUGUUUUAAAUACAGAAACUGCUGUUAAAGAACCACUCUAGGCACCCAGACCACUUCAGCUUAAUGAAGUGGUCUGGGUGCCAGGUCCAGCUAGGGUUAACCCAUUUUUUUUUAUAAACAUAGCAGUUUCAGAGAAACUGCUAUGUUUAUGAAUGGGUUAAGCCUUCCCCCUAUUUCCUCUAGUGCUGUCUCAUUGACAGCCACUAGAGGCGCUUGCGUGCUUCUCACUGUGAUUUUCACAGUGAGAGCAUGCCAGCGUCCAUAGGAAAGCAUUAUGAAUGCUUUCCUAUGUGACCGGCUGAAUGCGCGCGCAGCCAGCCGACGGGGAGGAGGAUCGGAGGAGAGCUCUCCGCCCAGCGCUGGAAAAAGGUAGUGUGUGUGUGUGUGUGUGUGUGUGUGGGUUUUUUAUUUAUUUUUUUUUUAUUUUUUUUCUCAGGGGCGGGAGGGGGACCCUGAGGGUGGGGGCACCCCCAGGGCACUAUAGUGCCAGGAAAACUAGUGUUUUCCUGGCACUAUAGUGGUCCUUUUAAACUAAUCAGUGGCAUACAUACAAUCCAUGGGCCCCCUGGCUGCAGUGCAGCCAGGACUGCUGGAGUGAUGGGCCUGGUCACAGCUGCGACCCCUGUCUGUACCACACUGUUCUAGUCACCCUCCUGUUUCUUACACUAUAGAUGCAGGAGGGUGACUAACCGGGGGUCCAGUGGAGGAUCAGCCUGAUGGGAGUCAGUCCCCACUCUGACUGCCGCAGUCACUCCUCCCAGUGAUCAUGUGGGAGGAAGAUAGGAUGAGUCACUUCAUCUCUGGGGCCCAGACGCGCUGUUAAUGCACUGACAGUCCCCCUAGAAAUCUAUAGUCAGAGGUGGCUCUGUUUAGGCAGCUGCCUAAGGCCUCGCUCUGGCUGGGGCCUUGCAGCGACCUAAACAGCCUGUGGGCAGACUGUCAGGUCCUCAGCAGAGCUGCAGACCAUGUGUCUCACAAUAAUUGGCCAAUCAGAUUACGAGAGUACUCCCCAGAGCAGCAGACUGGAAGCAAUGGCCACCGGACCACCAGGGAGUAAAGGUAGGUUCUCUCACUCCACCACCUUCCAUCACUCCAUACACAUAGGGUCUCAGACAAAAACGCAAACUUGCUCCGACAUGGAUUCACACACAAGGAUACUGUCAGGCACAUACACAGGUAAACUGUGCACCAAUGUGUAUGUAUAAUGUGACAAUUUUUUUGUUAGUGGGGCCUCAUGUUUCAGUUUCGCCUAAGGCCUCAAAGCCUAGAGUCUUUAGCCACUGGGUUGCCUUGACAGCAUGGGCCACUUCAGGUGCAGGCCAGGGCUGAAACAGAGGCAGGCAAACAGUCACAGGGGUCAGCAGUGUGGACGGGCCUACUGGAGUGAUGGGCCAGGUGCAGCUGCAACCAUGGUAUUUACGCCACUGACUACUGUAGUGUAAGUUAGAGAAACAUUCUGAGCACAAACAAAUAUCCCUUAAUAGUUCUGGUGUAGAUCAUGCCCAUGCUGUCUCAUGGUUCUAAUCCCUGCCAUUUAGUGAUGUAAUCACUUUGUUUAUUCAGCCAUAGUCACAGCUCCUCUGGGAGACUCACACAGCCUCAGUCAAAUGGUUUACAUUUUUAAACUGUGAAAGAACAGUACAACUUCAAAUCCAAUUUCCUGCUCUAAUAGCGCUCAAAUCCAUGCUUUCCUUUGGGGUCUUACAAGACAGGUCUCCGUGUAAAGCCUGAGUACAUCCAGCAGUUUCAGUCAAACUUUAAAAUCUUGCAUUUCAGAGAAACUAGAGGUGCUCCCCGUUUUAUAGAUUGUAGUAUUAAAAUGACAGUGCACCCUAAUGACUUCAAUGAGAUUACAUGGUCUUGGACCCUUUAUUGCAGUGUUUACUGAGGUCAAGCAUGCAGACUACUCCAGGGAGGCUGUAUGAGUCACAACCAGAGGAGGUUUAGCUAGGGAUGUAUAAACAAGAGUACUCCAUUCUCUGCCAUUUGAGUAAAAUCAGUAACUUUAUUUCUUAAGUUAAAAUUCUGGUGCUUGGGGCACUUUAAAAACAAUAAUUCAGAACUUCCUGAAAGCAAUGUUAUGAGAUGACUUCACCUAUUCACAUAUUUAUUCUCUGCAGACAUGGCAAUGUGAGCAGCAAUGCCAUCAAACCAACAUGGAUUCCCUUCAGCUCCACCAUAUCUGCAGAGGAACGUCUGUCCUUCUCGUUGAUGCUAAUGAAUGGUAACUACUGGCUGGAUGUUAUGGGUGACUUGUGUCUCUGCUGUCACUAACCCCAUUCAAUGUGUCACCUUCUAGAUGACUGGAGUGCUCCACGGACAUCUUCAAUAUUCACUUUAGGUGAUAUAUUCCACAUAGAGGCUUCUGUUGACACUACAAACCAUGUGCCUAUGAUGAUCUUUGUGGACAGCUGUGUGGCAACAUUAUCCCCUGAUGCCACCUCCAGCCCUCAUUAUGAGAUCAUUGCUCAGAAUGGGUAGGUUAUGCCACUUGUGGUAUUGUGGUAGCUGGUAAUACCCUUUCUAAACCAGUCUGUGCUUUGCAGGUGUUUGUUGGAUGGCAAGCAGGAGGAUUCAUCCUCUGCCUUUAGAUCCCCGAGACCCACACCAGACCGGCUCCAGUUCACAGUUGAUGCCUUCAGAUUUGUUGGAUCUGAUAACUCAAUGGUGAGGAUCUAGUCAUAAGUCUCUGUACACUUUGAGAAACCUCUAUAUAUAAAUGUAACCUCUGUUUGUAGAUCUACAUCACCUGUAACUUGAGAGCUGUUGGCGCAAGUCAGGUUCCUGAUCCCAUGAACAAGGCCUGUUCCUUUAGCAAAUCCUCCAACCUGUAAGUAAUGACAACCUCAAGCAGGGUUGUUGGCAACACUGAGGCUUGACGGCAUAGUUCUCAGUAAACAUUCUAACUGAGGCUAAAUCCUCAAAUGGAUUAAUGGUUUUUCUUCCUUAGCUGGACUGCUCUGGAAGGAAAUGGUGCCAUAUGCAGCUGUUGUGAGACUGGAAACUGUGCUACAACUAGUAGCAGCCGGAGACUUAAUCCAUGGUAUCCUGGACAAAGGGGUGUUGGCAAGAGAGAAGCUCCAUCUGGUGAGUUAAAUAAUGUCACUUAAAUUCAAGAUACAUUUAAUGCAGUGUGAUGCAUAACUGGACUGCUUCCUCUUAUCCUGGUUCCUUUCUGUGACUGGGGAACUUCAAAUCCAUUGACCUGUCAGUAUGUAUGAAGCCUACUUGUUUUCACAGGACCUCUGUCAGACCAAGAACACAAAUGGGCUACACUGGGACCUCUGCUGGUGGUUGGUGCGGAGCAGAGCCAGGCUCUUGCUGUGACCCAAGAAUCUACAAAUGUGGAGCUCUGGGUGUUGGUGACCCUUGGUAUCCUGAGUGUGGCUGUCAUUGUGGUUGGCGCUCUUGUAGCAUUUAUUAUGAAGUAA